AUGAGGCCAAGCUGUCUCUCCCCCUCCUCGAGAAUCCGUCUAGCAGCCGACUUUCAACGCUACAGUACCAGUGACGACGAUUCCGGGUGUGUUAUGGACGAGUACGCGUGGGUACCAUCUGGCUGUAAACCAGACAUGGUACACACCUACUUUGCUUCACUACCACAUGAUAAAGUACCAUACGUGAAUUCGGCCGGAGAAAAAUGGAGAAUCAGUCAGUUGAAGAGGCAGUUACCACCUCAGGAUUCGGAUCCAGGUUACUGUAGAGAGCUGUCUGAGGCUGAAUGUCAACAACUGGUACAGUUUGAAGCUGGAAGGAAGAGGCAAUGCUUGGGUAAAGGUGUGAUUAGGCCUCAUUUGCCUUUUGAUAAUCAACGGCAGUACUGUCAUCAGGUUUGUUUUAUGCUUUGUACUGUAUUUUUGUUUUGAACGGUGCAACGGCAAAAGCUUAAUUUUUGCACGGUGCAAUGAUUUUUUAAAAUUUAUUUUGCCAUUAUUUAUUAGAAUAAGAAAGUAAAAUUAGUUUUAAAGCUUUAUAUAGACAAAGUAUAAAAGAUAAAUUAAUAUUUGGUACCUAAACUAACCUUAAAAUUACAUAGUGAUAAGAAAAAAAUUUUUUGCAUAGUGCAGUCGAUUUUCAAAAAUUUAUUGUGCCAUUUUUUAUAAUGCAAACAAUGAAAAAUCAACUUUAAUAGCUUUGUAUAGGUCCAUACUAAAAUUGAAAACAAUAUUUGUUACCUAAUUUAAUCUUAAAAUGGUACAAUAAAAAAAUAAAAUCUGUUGCACGGUGCAAUAAUGUUCUAAAAUUUGGCUUUUCAAAUUAAAAAAAACUAAGUCUCUAUAAUAAUCUGGUCAUUACUACCUAAUUAUUUAAACAAGUUAAUUUGUAUAUGCAUGUAGUCUUCUAUCUCAGCCAGAUGGUGAAACCCGAGAGAUGCGGUAGAAAAGGGCGAACCAACCUUUUUUUGAUUUAUGGCACAGCUGGCCGCGAUGACAGAAACGACAUUUAGUCACACAAUCACUAAUUUAUUAAUAAUACUUGUUUUUUAAAUGUUAAAAAAAUUUUUAAUGACAGAUUUUUCUUGCACCGUGCAACCAAGUUUGUUUUUUUACAGUGCCAUUUUAAAAUUAGUCUAGGUAAUAAAUUUUAUUAUAAUAAUUAGUAUGUGUCUUUACAAAGCUAAUAAAGCUUAUUUUACUUUGUUUGCAUUAUAAGCAAUGACACAAUGAAUUUUUUUUUAAUUAUUGCACUGUGCAGAAAACUUUUUUUACCGCGCUAUUUUAAAAUUAGUUUAGGUAACAAAUAUUGUUAUAACUUUUAGUAUAUGGUUAUAUAAGGCUAUUAAAACUAAUUUUACUUUAAUUGCAUUAUAAACAAUGGCACAAUGAAUUUUUGAAAAAUGAUUUCACUGUGCAAACAAUCUUCUUUUUUUCGCAGUGCUAUUUUGAGAUUAGUUCAGGUAACAAACUUUGAUUUAUCUUUAGUAUGAGUCUUUAUGAAGCUAUUGUAACCAAUUUUGCAUUUCUUGCUUUUUAAAGAAUGGCACAGUGAAUUUUUGAAAAAAUUUUGCACUGUGCAAAGAAAUUAAUGUUAUGUGCUCCGUGCAAUAGGGACAACUUUGGAUAGUAAAUACUACUCUAACGUUUUUAAUAGGUCAGUACAAAGCUAUAAAUUUAUCAAUAAUACUUACAAAAAAAAUUUCAGUGCAAACAAGCCUUCACCCCAGAUGACAUGGUGAUCGAAGCGCCGGAACGUUUUGGCAACCGUGCCUUCUGGCAUCCCCAGUGUUUUGUCUGUGUGGAAUGUACCGAGCUGCUGGUCGAUUUGAUCUACUUCAAGCACAAUGAUAAUGUGUUUUGUGGUCGGCAUCACGCCGAGCAGUUGAAGCCUCGAUGUUACGGUUGCGACGAGUUGAUAUUCAAUGAAGAAUGCACCGAAGCCGAAGGCCGAAUGUGGCAUAUGAAGCACUUCGUCUGUUGUGGAUGUAGCUGUCAGUUGGGUGGAUUACGGUAUGUGGUGAAGGAUUCUGACCCCUACUGUAUCAGUUGCUACAACCAGUUGCCGCAGGCACUAUGUUGUAGUAGAUGUGGGCAGGAAAUCGAGGCUAGCGAGCCGCGGAUCACUCAGAAUGAGUUGAAUUGGCACACGGAUGAGAGGUGUUUCAGUUGCACUGGUUGUGCCAAAAACCUUUUGGGCUGCAAGAAGUACUGUAUUAUCAAUGGAGGGUUGUACUGUGGCCUCAAUGGCUGUGAGAAGAGGCUGUUGAUGGCCAAAACUGGGCAUGACACUAGCUUGAAUCCACUCAGAGAGUGGGAUAUUGAAGGUGGAUUUGAUGUGGAUGAAGAGGAGCUGGCUGGGUUCAGUGGACACAGUGGUACUGGUACUCAUUGUAGUAGCCGUAGUGGUACUGGAACAAAUUGUAGUGCACAAAGUGGUUCUGGAAAUGAAUGUGGAAACAAAAAUGGCACUAGAACCCGUUCUAGAGGACAUAAUAGUCCUGCUAGUACCAAUUCCGGGGACAUUAGUCCUAGUGGUACCAGAUGUAGAAAAAUCAGUCCCACCUGUACCACUUGUAGAAGAGAAAGUCCAAAUAACGGCUCAAAUCAUUGCCAAAACCAAAUGAUCGUCACAAAACAGUACCAACAUGACCAAAUGGUACCACAUGGUACACCAUCCUCCUACGGCCUUCAAACACCUUGCAAUGGAGCUACUGUACCUCAAUAUGGUAAAGCUCCCACGCCUCGUCAAAAUUACCGAAAAAACAUGAAGAAUUUUAAUAAUAAUUUACCCUGCCCAAAUGUCAUAUCAACUCAAAAUGGCAUGAACAACCGUGAUCUACCCCAAAGACAACAAAACCAUGCCAUGCCUUCAACCUCAAAUGGAUCUAAUUCUCCUACUACCCCCUAUGGUCAACCUACCACACCCUACCUAAUAAACACCCCUUACAACCAUACUGCCAUUCCCUACAAUCAAAACUCGAAAAACAUCCCCUACGACCAAAAUAUUACCACACCCAGCAAUAUGAACUCAAAAUCCACCCCCAACAACCAAACCUUCAACCCAGCCUAUCUACGACCUCCAGGCCCUCCACCACCCCGAUCUCCACCCUUACCUCCUCAAAAUUCAUUCACCCCGCCCGAGAAUAUCUACGAAACCGUCACGGAUACGAAGCCACGCCGCUUCAGAAGGCGAAAAGUGGUGUACGAUGAAUCCGACUGGGAGUCCGAAUCCUCAUCGAGUAGUUGGAACGACCGGUCGAUAAAUGUGAGGACACACAAGAAUCGACGAAGCUUGAGUAUGGAUGGGUGCACGGCCAAGCUGAAUCAUUUGGAAGAAUGUUGUGAUGACCUAGAGGAGGUUAGCCUAAAGAACAAAAGAAGGAACAAAAGACAACAGAACUUCUAUUCCGGAAUGCCACCAAACGUCACCAGAAGGUCAAGGUAAGCCUAAAUUUCAUAUUUUUUAAAUUUUUAAAUUUGGCUAAAAACCGCUUUUGACCGACUUGAAAAUGCCAAAAAAUCCACAAAGGUUCGAAUCCGCUUGCCUGCAAACGGCCAAAAAAGCAUGUAAACAAAGUUCUUCUUUGUUGAAACUUUCGUAUUAACAAAAACAUAGCUGAGGUAAAAUUUUAUCUAAAACAUCAUUGCCAAAAUUAUUAAAUUGCAGAAACUUUCUUACAAGCCCUUUAAAACGUCAAAUACCCGAAAAAUCAGGGGUUUGCGGCCACUUUUUGCUCUGUAAAGAAAGUUUUUGCAGCUUUCAAAACUUUGAUAAUGACAUAAAUAUAGCACAUACUAUUUUAAAUUUAAAACAGAAAAUUUUUGAAUUAUUUAACUGCGAGAACUUUGUUUACAAGCUAAAUAUUACCGACUACCAUCCCGAGCGGGUGCGAACCAACGGCCAUUUUUUUCUUUGUAAACAAAGUUAUUGCGAAUUACAAGAACUUUGUUUACAAGCCAUCCUUUCCCACUUGCAGCCAAGCGGAAUCGAACCCUCCUGGAUUUUCCUAAUAAACCAAAAAAAAAUUUUAACCGCCAUUUCUAAACAAACCCUAUUUUCAGUUACACGACAACCUCAGAAAGUGAUUCAGAAGACGAAAUAUACAUGGGCAAGUACGAUGAUAUUCAAACACCAAAAAGGCGUCAGUUUCGGACCAGUUAUCAACCAGUCGAUUCAGUGAAGCGACGUGGGCCAAAACAACUGAAUGCCCGGAGGAUAAAGAACAAAUCGCAUUCGAAUUGUAUUGUUUCUUAA